AUGCGGUCGGAGCGCAAGAGUCGUGUGUGUAUUGUAGUGUUGGAGGAGGUGGAAGAUGAGGAGCCAUCCCCUCUCCAUUCCAAAAGCUCCCAGGACCACACAUCCCAGAAUUCCUCUCAGGACGAGAAGCCUUCUCUGAUAAAAGCCAUAUUUAAUGUGGAUCCAGAUGAAGUUCGUUCUCUAAUAUUCAAAAAAGAAGAUGUCAAUGUACAGGACAGUGAGAAGAGAACGCCGCUCCAUGCCGCAGCCUACCUGGGCGACGUCGAGAUUAUAGAACUGCUUAUUCUGUCAGGGGCCAGAGUAAAUGCCAAAGAUAACAACUGGCUCACUCCUCUCCAUCGGGCAGUAGCGUCAUGUAGUGAUGAGGCGGUAAAGGUGUUGUUGAAGCACUCCGCAGAUGUCAAUGCACGGGAUAAAAGCUGGCAGACACCGUUGCACGUGGCUGCGGCCAAUAAGGCAGUACGGUGUGCCGAGGCGUUACUCCCAUUGCUAAGCAACAUCAAUGUGUCAGACCGUGCUGGACGUACAGCUUUGCACCACGCUGCCUUCAGUGGUCACCUGGAGAUGGUUCAGCUGCUGGUGUCCAGAGGUUCAAACAUCAAUGCAUUUGAUAAGAAGGACAGACGAGCCAUCCACUGGGCUGCUUACAUGGGUCAUUUAGAGGUGAUGAAGUUGCUGGUUUCUCAUGGUGCUGAGGUUUGCUGUAGAGAUAAGAAAUCUUACACUCCUCUUCAUGCUGCUGCCUCCAGUGGAAUGAUCAAUGUGGUCAAUUACCUUCUGAAACUGGGUGUUAAUAUUAACGAGCCAAAUGCGUAUGGAAACACUCCUCUGCAUUUGGCGUGUUAUAACGGGCAGGAUGUUGUGUUGAAUGAACUGAUAGCAGCAGGCGCUGAUGUCAAUCAAGUGAAUGAGAAAGGCUUUACCCCGCUGCACUUUACCGUCGCCUCCCGCCAGGGGGCGCUCUGCCUUGAGCUGCUCGUGGCCAGUGGCGCAAAUGUCAACCGGAAGAGUAAAGAUGGUAAAACUCCUCUCCACAUGGCGGCCAUUCACGGACGAUACUCCCGUUCACAGGCUAUUAUUCAGAAUGGAGCUGAGAUCAACUGUGAGGACGAGAACGGUAAUUCUCCGCUUCAUAUAGCAGCUCGUUAUGGCCAUGAGCUGCUCAUUAACACUCUCUUAAUGAAUGGUGCAGACACUGCCAAGCGGGGCAUCCACGGCAUGUUUCCGCUGCAUCUGGCGGCGCUGAGUGGAUUUUCAGGCUGCUGCCGGAAACUGCUCUCCUCAGGUUUUCACGUUGACACGCCGGAUAAUUUCAGCAGGACGUGUUUGCAUGCUGCAGCUGCAGGAGGGAACCUUGAAUGUCUGAAUCUGUUGCUUAACACUGGGGCAGAUUUUAACAAGAAAGACAGAUUUGGGAGGACGGCACUACAUUAUGCUGCAGCUAACUGUAACUAUCAGUGUUUGUUUGCUCUGGUUGGUUCUGGUGCCAGUGUGAAUGAGCGAGACAUCACAGGCUGCAGUCCACUGCACUACACUGCUGCAUCCGAUGCAGAUGGAAAGUGUGUGGAGUAUCUGUUGAGGAAUGAUGCUAAUCCAGCUCUCAGGGAUAAAGAUGGAUACAGCGUGGUUCACUACGCCUCUGCGUAUGGACACAGACUCUGUCUGGAACUGAUUGCCAGUGAAACUCCGUUAGAUGUGCUAAUGAACACAACUGCAUCAGGCAUCUUAAACAACACAGAUGUCCAGCCUCCCAUCAGCCCUUUACACUUAGCGGCAUAUCACGGUCACCAUCAUGCUCUUGAGGUUCUGGUCCAGUCUCUGUUGGAUCUGGAUGUGAGGUCGCCUCAGGGUCACACCGCUCUGAGUCUUGCUGCGUUUAAGGGUCACGCGGAGUGUGUGGAUAUUCUGAUCAAUCAGGGAGCUUCUUUACUGCAGAAGGACUACACACACAAGAGAAGCCCUAUACACUCUGCAGCUAUGAAUGGUCACUCUGAUUGUCUGGCUCUGCUUCUCAAUAACACUGAUCAGCACACGGCCGUUAAUAUACGGGACGGAAAGGGACAGACUCCUCUGAUGUUGGCAGUUCUGGGUGGUUACACUGAUUGUGUGUAUCUUCUGUUGAGUAAAGGAGCCAGUGUGGAGGCCAGAGAUAAAUGGAGCAGGACGGCGCUCCAUCGCGGGGCAGUAAUGGGUCAUGAGUCAUGUGUUGAGGCUCUGUUGCUGCACAGAUCCAGUGUGUUUGUGCAAGACAGUAGGGGGCGCUCUCCUCUGCACCUGGCAGCUGCAUGUGGGCACGUGGGUGUCCUGCGGGUCCUUCUGAAAGCAGCCCAGUCCAUGAAGACCCUCCCGUUUCUCAAGGACAACUGCGGAUACACACCUCUGCACUGGGCGUGUUACAACGGUCAUGACACGUGUGUGGAGCUGCUCUUAGAACAGGAAGUCUUUCAUAAGAUGGAUGGAAACUCUUUCAGUCCGCUACACUGUGCAGUAAUUAACGAUAACGAGUCCACAGCGGAGAUACUGAUUGAAACUUUGGGUCCAGCGAUCGUCAACGCCACAGACUCGCAGUCCAGAACACCCAUCUAUGCUGCUGCGUUCACGAAUCACGUGGAGUGCUUACAGCUUCUGCUGGGUCACAACGCUCGGGUGAACGCCAUCGACGCACUGGGCAAAACGCCACUCAUGAUGGCGGCUGAGAACGGACAAACUAAUGCCGUAGAGGUUUUAAUGAGCAGUGCAAAGGCAGACCUCACCAUACAGGAUGCAAACAAAAACACAGCACUGCAUCUCGCCUGCAGCAAGGGGCAUGAAACUAGUGCCUUAUUAAUUCUUGAGAAAAUCACAGAUAGAAAUCUCAUCAAUUCCACAAACACAGAGCUGCAGACGCCGUUACACAUCGCAGCUCGUAACGGUCUGACGGUGGUCGUGCAGGAGCUGUUGGGUAAAGGAGCCAGUGUUCUCGCUGUGGAUGAAAACGGUUACACUCCAGCUUUGGCUUGUGCCCCGAAAAAAGACGUGGCCGACUGUUUGGCGCUGAUACUCGCCACGAUGUUGCCCGUUUCUCCCAGCAGUACCGGCACCAUGUCGAGCCUCAAGUUUGCCACCAUUAACCACUACUCCAGCCCAUCCACGACUGUGACCUUUGACCCAUUACCCAUGCUGCGGUCGGAGCAUGUCUCCUAUCGUAACUUCAACAGCGUGGGGCGCGAGGACAGCCUCAUCAUCGCUGACGAACUCAAUGAUUCGGACUCAGAAACAUACUGACUGCUCUGUUCUGCCCCCAGUGUCUUAAGAUAUCGGUGAAUGGUGACUACAAUAAUAUAGGUUGUUUGUUUAUGGUUCGUGCACCCCAAGUCUCAGGAACGAGCAGAAAAACAGGAAAAUAAUGGGCACAGAAGUGGCACCGGCUGAAAUUGUUGGUUUGACCACGAUACCAGUCUGGUUUCUGUUUUUUCUCUAUAGCAAUGUUUAAAUGAAUGUUUCAUCCUAAACUGAAAAUUCUGCCAUCAUUUACUCACCCUAAUGUUGUUCGAAACCUGUAUAACUUCUGUGGAACACAAAAUGUUCAUGCUGCUCUCUUCCAUGUACGUAAUGAAAGUGAAUGGGUACUGAGUGUUUCCAAAAUGACAGAAAAGCGCCGUUAAAGUUCCAUAAUGACCAAAAUUGUCCAAAAAACAAACAAACAACAAAACGCUGAUAUAAUUGCACAAUGACAAAAACUACAAAAAGCACCAUUAAAGUUGAGAAGACAAAUAGUUGUAAAAGUUCUAUAAUGACCAAAAAAGUUCUAUAAUUCCUUAAAACAUCUUCUUAAAAGAAAGAACUACAUUGAAAAUGAAUUAACCACUAACAAAAGCCUUCACUGACCAGUCUCAAAGGACAAUGCUAGAUGCGUGUUUCCUCCGUUAAUCUGGGAUGUCCUUAAAGGACUUUAAUACUACAGCUUAUAGUUCAUACAAAAUCAUUUUGUUUAAUCAUUGACCAACAGCACUUACUUAGUUUACUAAUUUUAACCACUUAUAGUUCUAAACAUAAAUAACAAAUAUUGUCAUUAUAUUCAUUAAUUUUCUGUUAUAGCAUAAUUUCCUGUAUAGUUGCUUUCAAUCCGCCUGUUGUGAAAAGUGAUAUACAAAUAAAUUUGACUUGGAAAAACAGCAAUAAAAGUUCCACAAUAACAAAAAAAUUACAGAAAGCACUGUAAAAAGGUCAAUAAUGACCACAUUUUUAAAAAAAGAUGCAAAAAAAGUUCUGCAAUGACAAAAAAGCGCCGUAAAAGUUCUACAUUAAGUGUUUGUUUUUUUUGUCAAAGUUCUACAAUGUCAAAAAAAAAAUACAAAAAGCAUCAAAAAAGUUCCAUAAUGACCCAGAAAUGACAGUGUCAAAAAGGUUCCGCAAUCAAAUACAAAUUACAAAAAAAAGCUAUGAAAGGUCCAAAAUGACCCCUAAAAAAUGCUGUAAAAGUUCCACAACGACAAAAGAUUACAAAAAAUCUCCGUAAAAUGACCAAAAAUUACACAGUGCUGUAAAAGUUCUACAAUUAAAAAGAAAGUUCCACAAUGACAAAAAUUACAAAAAAGUUUACAAAAAGCACCGUAAAAGUUCCAUAAUGACCAAGAAUGACAAAAAAAAAAAAAAAAAGGCAAAAAGUUUUAUAAUGACAAAAGUGACAAAAAAGCUACACAAUGUAAAAAAAAAAGCAGGAUAAGUUCCACAAUGACAAAAAAGGUGCAGUAAAAGUUUCAAAAUGACAAAUAUGCACCAAAAAAGUAGUCCUUUAGUCUUUUGAAGCUGUAAGAUAGCUUUUAGUGAGGAACCUGAAAUUAAAGUAGUUAUUCACUGAAAAUCUGCCUUCCGCUGGAGCUCUCUAAUGAAAUAUGGCACCAUUGACGUCAGUGGCAUUUGGUGUCAAGACACGCAAGAACCAGUGAUGUUUGGCAUCACUUUUUUAGUCCAUAUGACUUUUGUUGUCUGUUUUAUAGCUCUGGCUGAAGGGAAAAUCAUAAGGUGUACUGUAUAUCACAACUUAAAUUUCAGACUGUUCAGAAGACUUGUAAUACAGGGCACAAGUCGAUUGGCUACUUUUAUAGCUUGAAAGCAUCAGUCCGCUUUCACUUUUAUUAUAUAGAAAAAGAGGGCACUUUCCAUCAUUUUGUGUUGCUUGCAAGAAAAAAAGUCAGAUGGGUUUGGAACAAUAUCAGAGUGAGAACAUAAUUACCUUUUUUUUUUUUAUUAUAAUUUUUGGGGUGAACUUUACCUGUAAACUUGUUCAAACGGCAAAGCAUCACUACUACAUAUUAUUUCAGAGCUAAAUCCUCAUUGUUUUCCAUUUUGCUCAUCUUGACAGAUGUGGAACCAUAAUUCCCAGCAUUUACAUAAAACAUGAGGAGACAUGAGAAACUGAAGACGUCAGGGACCAAGAGCUGCAGAAUUCUCCUCAAGCUUUACUUUUAGCCCCGUAUGUGCAUGAAGACUGAUUUUAAGUUUGCAUUAUUAUGAAUUAUUUAUUAUAAAAAUAUGAAGAGCUAAAAGACAGACAUGCCUUCAGAGUUUAAACUGAGUGUUUAUUCCUCUGCGCUCAUGAGGAAUUGCGGCUUCAACCUGUUGUACCUCAGAAAGAUGUGUUUAUGUGUGUGCGUGACUGAAUUUUAAUGUGUGUGUGAUUUAUUUUAUAAGAGUUCAAAGACAAUGGAAAUAUCAAGGAUG